CAGACGUGAGUGGCUUCUGUGAUACUGAACAAUCGACAGCAGUUUGUAUUCCAGUCUGUUUUUUUCGUUUAAUUGUUUUGGUGUGUUACAGGAAUUUGAUUGUGCUUUAAUGUUCACGUGUUGCGUGCAACAUCCCGAUCUAACAUCAUGCUACCUGGCAAAAGCUUAACAUUUCCAACUCUGACUGUGCGCUUAUGUUUUGUUGUUCUCGCUGCGCGUAUGUCUUAUGGAGACGUGAGCUAUUCUUUUCCGGAGGAGAUGAAACGUGGAUCUGUAAUUGGAAAUAUAGUCCAGGAUCUGGGGUUGGAUGUUUACAGACUGUUGACUAGUAAGGCCCGUCUUGAUGGAGAAGGUAACCAACAACGGUUCUGCGACCUUAACUUGAAUACUGGAGAAUUGACUGUAGCAGAAAGGAUUGACCGAGAGGGGCUUUGUGGAAACAAAGCGUCGUGCGUAAUAAAACGAGAGCUUGUUCUGGAACAUCCUUUGCAACUGCAUAGCGUAGUUCUUAAUAUUCAAGAUAUCAAUGACAACUCGCCUGUAUUUGCAAAUGAUGUGAUCAGGUUAGAAAUCAGGGAGUCAGCAGAUAAAGGUGCUACGUUUCCAUUAGAUCCUGCUCAUGAUGCAGAUAUUGGGCAAAAUUCAGUACAGACCUACAUACUACAGCGAAACGACCAUUUUAUUUUAAAUGUUAAUACAAAUGCAUACGGACUAAAGUACAGCGAAUUGGUUUUAGACAAGGAGUUAGAUCGUGAGAAGGAAAAUGAGAUCAAAUUAAUUCUCUCUGCUGUAGACGGUGGGACUCCACCGAAAUCAGGUACUGUAGCCAUUCAUGUCAAUAUUCUGGAUGCUAAUGAUAAUGCUCCAGUGUUCAGUCAGUCUGUUUAUAAAGUGACUCUGUCUGAAAAUGCGCCAUUAGAUACUGUGGUGGUUACUGUGAGCGCUACAGAUGCAGACGACGGGGCAAAUGGUGAAGUAAUGUAUGCUUUUGGUCACAUAUCACCGAAAAAUAAAGAAAUAUUUUCAUUGAAUGCAAAAUCAGGAGACAUAAUUCUUAUCGGCACAAUAGAUUUCGAAGAAGAAACAACAUUUGAACUCCAAAUACAAGCUAAAGAUGGACCAGGUUUAGCAUCAUAUUCUAAAGUAGUUAUCGAUGUGACUGACAUUAAUGACAACGCACCUGUGAUACUUCUCAAAUCUCUAAACAGCCCAAUACCUGAGAAUGCUCUACCAGGUACAGAGGUGGGCAUCAUUAAUGUGCAGGACAGAGACUCUGAGAAAAAUAGACAAGUUUACUGCUCCAUUCAGCAAAACAUUCCUUUUAAACUCGUUCCAUCUAUUAAGAACUAUUUUUCUCUGGUUACAACAGAUGCAUUAGAUCGAGAAAUAAUGUCUGAUUACAACAUUACAAUCAUUGCUAUUGAUGAAGGCUCUCCACCUUUAUCAUCCGCUAAAACUAUUCACCUUUUAGUAGCUGAUGUAAAUGAUAAUCCACCUGUAUUUGCGGAGCAGUUUUACAGCGCUCAUGUGAAAGAAAAUAACAAACCAGGCUCCUCUGUUUGUACAAUAGCAGCAUCAGACCCAGACUGGAGACAGAAUGGUACUGUAGUUUAUUCUCUUUUACCCUCUGAUGUUAAUGGUUCACCCGUUUCGUCUCUUUUAUCCAUUAAUGGAGACACGGGUGUUAUCCAUGCAGUGAGAUCUUUUGAUUAUGAGCAGUUUAAAAGUUUUAGAUUUCUAGUCUUAGCCAGGGACAACGGUUCUCCUCCACUUAGCACUAACAUGACUGUGAGUGUUUUCAUAAUUGAUGAGAAUGAUAAUUUCCCACAAAUAUUAUACCCCUCUCUGGAAGGAAACUCUUUUAUGACUGAGAUGGUGCCCAAAGCUGCCCAAUCAGGCUCUCUGGUAUCCAAGGUAAUCGCAGUGGAUGCAGACUCUGGUCAGAACGCGUGGCUCUCUUACCAUGUAGUGAAGUCCACUGAUCCCGGACUUUUCACUAUUGGUGAACACAGUGGAGAAAUAAGACUUCAAAAGGACGUUUCUGAGUCCAUUAAUAUGAAGCAGAAUCUUAUUGUUUCUGUGAAAGAUAAUGGAGAGCCUGCGCUCUCUGCCACAUGUUCACUAUAUUUACUCAUUUCUGAUAACUUGGCUGAAGUACCAGAACUGAAAGACAUGUCUUAUGAUGAGAGCAGCUCCAAACUCACUUUUUAUUUGAUCAUCGCGCUGGUGUCCGUCUCCACUUUCUUCCUCACCUUCAUCAUUAUCAUACUGGCCGUGAGGUUUUGUCACAGGAGGAAGCCCAGACUGUUGUUUGAUGGAGCUGUGGCCAUUCCCAGCGCGUACCUCCCUCCAAAUUACGCAGAGGUGGAUGGAGCGGGAACUCUCCGAAGCACCUACAAUUAUGAUGCAUAUCUGACCACAGGAUCACGAACCAGUGAUUUCAAAUUCGUCUCAUCUUACAAUGACGGAACUCUGCCUGCUGAUCUGACGCUGAAGAAAGGUAAAUCUGUCGAGGACAUGCUGAGAUGUACUGGUGAUGAACUAGAGAUUUUAAACCAGCUUAUUACUAGCGACUAUGAGCUUCAGUGUUUCGUCACAUAA